CCGGUCUCCGGGCCUCGUCACACGCGCCCGGCGGCGGCCGCGGGCACGCGAGCGAGAGAGCGAGCGCGUGACUCGCCGGCCCAGGACGGGAGACGGGGGAGGGGCCGCGGCGUGCGUGCGCGCCCCCGGGAGGCAGCGGGCGCGCGCACACACCCCGGGGCCACCGCCCCUCCUGGGCCCGCCCUCCUGCCCUCCCUCCCCGGCUCGCCAGGCCCGCCCUGCCCGGCCCGCCCUGCGAGUCAGUUCGCUGGUUCCCUCCCUCCCCGGGCGCGCUCGGGCCGCCGCAGCGCUCCCCCGCCCUCGAGCCGCGGUGCCGGAGCCGCCCGCCGCCCGAGGAGGAGGUGGAGGGAGCCGGAGGGGCCCGCCGAAGCGGCGGCGGCGGCGGCAAGAUGGCGGACUUCCUGCCGUCGCGGUCCGUGCUGUCCGUGUGCUUCCCCGGCUGCCUGCUGACGAGCGGCGAGGCCGAGCAGCAGCGCAAGUCCAAGGAGAUCGACAAAUGCCUGUCCCGGGAGAAGACCUACGUGAAGCGGCUGGUGAAGAUCCUGCUGCUGGGCGCGGGCGAGAGCGGCAAGUCCACCUUCCUGAAGCAGAUGCGGAUCAUUCACGGGCAGGACUUCGACCAGCGCGCGCGCGAGGAGUUCCGCCCCACCAUCUACAGCAACGUCAUCAAAGGUAUGAGAGUGCUGGUGGAUGCCCGAGAGAAGCUUCAUAUUCCUUGGGGAGAUAACUCAAACCAGCUCAAUGGAGACAAGAUGAUGGCAUUUGACACCCGGGCCCCCAUGGCGGCCCAGGGAAUGGUGGAAACACGGGUUUUUUUACAAUAUCUUCCUGCUAUAAGAGCUCUGUGGGCAGACAGUGGCAUACAGAAUGCCUAUGACCGGCGUCGAGAAUUUCAACUGGGUGAAUCUGUAAAAUAUUUCCUGGAUAACUUGGAUAAACUUGGAGAGCCAGAUUACAUUCCAUCACAACAAGAUAUUCUGCUUGCCAGAAGACCCACUAAAGGCAUUCAUGAGUACGACUUUGAAAUUAAAAAUGUUCCUUUCAAAAUGGUUGAUGUAGGUGGUCAAAGAUCAGAAAGGAAACGUUGGUUUGAAUGCUUCGACAGUGUGACAUCAAUACUUUUCCUUGUGUCCUCCAGUGAAUUUGACCAGGUGCUUAUGGAAGAUCGACUGACCAAUCGCCUUACAGAAUCUCUGAACAUUUUUGAAACCAUCGUCAAUAACCGGGUUUUCAGCAAUGUCUCCAUAAUUCUCUUCUUAAACAAGACAGACUUGCUUGAGGAGAAAGUGCAAAUUGUGAGCAUCAAAGACUAUUUUCUAGAAUUUGAAGGGGAUCCCCACUGCUUAAGAGACGUCCAAAAAUUCCUGGUGGAGUGUUUCCGGAACAAACGCCGGGACCAGCAGCAGAAGCCCUUAUACCACCACUUCACCACUGCCAUCAACACAGAAAACAUCCGUCUUGUUUUCCGUGAUGUGAAGGAUACUAUUCUUCAUGACAACCUCAAGCAGCUUAUGCUCCAGUGAUGUACAAAAGACUCGCUAUUUUAAAAUCUUUUUGUGUUUUUGAUUGUUUUCUGUUUGUUUGUUUUUUUUAAAUAGCAGUUUACAACAGGAAUUAGAAAAAUCUUGAUUCUUUGUUUAACUUCUUGGAAAUUUUAGUCCUUCUGCAGCCUUUGGUUUGUGGCUGAAAACUGCUGAAUAACACAUUGCCAAUAUCUGCUGAAAUUCAGGCUUUGAUCUGUUUCACUGUGGCCUCCAUUCAAGUUGAGUUAUAACUUCCUGGCCAACCUCAGACUAGAUAUAUUUCAGGCUUUAAAUUCUAUUUUUCAAACUGAAUUCUCCUGUAGUGCCAAGUAUAGAAGGUAUCCUUAAAUUCUUGCAGGUAUGAGGUUAGAAAUAUUCAGUUCUAAAACAAGAUAUCUUCUGUCUGCCUUACACUUAGCAGCAACACUUUUGCCUGGCUUUAUGGUGACCUCUUAUUUUGAAAUGGCUGUAGGAAAAAAGUUUGAUCUAAGGAAUGGCAUUCUGUAGAUUUACACAGGUUUAGUCCUCAUGUUUUUUUUAAUUGCUUAUCUAUACAACAGUUUUGUUUUAAAAUUUCUGUGGUUUCUGAAGGUAAUGUUCUUGGUGUUUUAAAGUUUACAUAAGGAUUUUCGGUCUGAUGCUAAUGAAGAGUUCACAAAUGUACAGGAGAGCAAAAGGAAAGCAAAUGCCAUAUACAGUGUUUUGAUCAAAAGUAAUGAGUGAAAUAUAAUUUGCCUUUUUCAUAUUUAAGUCUUAUGUAAUUUAAUGUGCCAUACAUGAAACAGUCUGGCCAUAGCAACAACUAAAAACUGCAAGUAACUUGGAAAUAGAACUUUCUAAAUAAACAUACCUGUUCCAGAAUGUCAUGUGUUUUACUUUUAAGUCCUAUCUCGGUUGUCUUGGUCCUGACUGUAGGAAGUCAUGGUUGCACCAUCACAGACAUCUUUCUUUUGCUGUCCUGUCCAUUCCCAUCGAUUCCAAAUGUGGCAUUUACAGGAUUUUCUUGUUUAUUUGGAGCUUGCCAAGGGCAGUAUUUUCCUGUCAAACUAUUCAAGAAGGCAUUUUUGGGGAUUCCUUUUCAUUCUUGGUGUAAUUCUAAGAGAUACAAUAUGUACACAUUUGUAUAUUGUUUAUGAAAUGCCAGCUUUUUUGAGGUACAUUUAUAUGUUUUAAGGAUGCUUCUAAGGAUACAUAGUAAUUUUUUUAGUUCACACCUAAAGAUGACUACAUUUGACUUCCCCCAGUGCUUACUGAAUUAAAACAUACCCUUGAAGUAGCUUUGUGAUUACAAAUACAUUUGUAGCGAAUGCAUCAGGACAGCUUGUUCGCAGUACUAAGAAUACUGCCCUAUAGGUUAUAUGUAGUGUUAAAAUUGUACUAGAGUAACAAGGCUGGUAACAGUUUGACAAGUCUGACAGCUUUUCUUCUUUUUCUGAAAAUUGUGAUUAAGACUGUGAUAUCUGUCCCUUUACUAUAUAGCUGACUGUGUUCUCAGGUAUUUUACUGGUCCUUGAAAGAUUGGUCAACAUUAGGGGUUGGUCACCCAGCCUUUCCAAGACAGUGGCUCUUGUUCUGUCUUGCUGUCUGGUAUGAGAGCAGGGCUUUCAGUGAGCUAACCAGGGAUUGUUCUUGACAUACCUGACUUCUCGCAUUUGAAGUCUCACUGUCAUUAUAUCCAUGUAACUUCUUCCAGUGUUUUCAUGCCUUGGUAUAUAACAUGAGCUACAUGUAGCCCGACAUCAUAAUGCAGGUGUUCAUAGUAUAAUUUGUGCAUGUUUGAAUAGUUCUACAUCUCCUGCUUCUUGCCAAAAAGAAUACAUUGUUUAAGUUCACAGGGUUAGCAUAAUUUCAGUGCUAAUAAAUAUCUGAACAUGUGCACAGUAACAUUUGGACUGUUUGUGGAGAGUCUGGUAGAGAGUCUAUGUGUAAAUUUAGCAAAUAGAUUUAUUGAAUGGCCAAAACAUUUAAUUCCAGUGAAGGCUGAAGUCAGUUCCCUAUAGAAAGAGGCACUUAGUCUUAUUUAAGUUAUAUUUAAGAUGUGUGAUAUGAACCAUAAAUGUUGCUUGACAAAGCAGAAAUCAUUAACUUUUCCCAUUUUAACUACCACUGAGAAAUGUUAAAACAUCAAAUAGAUAAUGGUAUUUGGGCAUUUACAAUUUUCUUCCCUAAUGCAUGUGAUGUCUCAGAAUCAACAUUCUUUUAAAAUAAAAUCUAGAUUAUAUUUUGAGGCAGUAAAUUGUUUAUAUUUAAUUUAAACAGGUUUGUUUAGAUAUUCAGUGCAACAGUAAGGUUCAAUCUAAAGACUUUAGUCCACAUUUUUUAUAUGCUGUAUUUUUAAACCAUUUGAAAGGGGUCUUAUACCUAUAUCAUGAAAACUGGAUCCUUUUGAAAUACCACUAUAUUAAAAGGAAGAUGAAAUUUAGUGAACAGAAGUGAAAGGGUGCUCAUAAUUUGCACUAAGCCAACUUCCCCCAUCUCUAAAAAAGUAAUUUAGAUGUAAAGUUCUUUGGUGUGUUCAGUUUUUCUAAAUCUUUGUGAUUAUGAUUUGCAAUAAAAUAUGCCUAAUUCUUUGUUAUAUUCUGUUCUUAAGUCUGAAGGCUUUCUCAUUUAAUUCUGAAGAAAUGUCACAUAAGUGUCUUCGUGGACCUUAAAGAAAUUUGUAGCAUAGAGUUGCCUUAUAAAUCAAAGAAUGGGACAAAUUUACAUUUUAAUUUUUAUAGAGAAAGGGUUUUGUCAAAUGUUUUCUGAAGCUCUAAAUAAUUCAAGGCAUACUUUUGCCAUUUAAAUAAACUGAAUGUUGCUCUCUGCCAAAUAUUGUAUUAAAUUGAAAUCUUCAUUUCAAUUUUGUUAUCUGGAAAGGGCACUUGAUAGCUAGAGUGCAACUGCAUCCAAAGAAGGCCACAUGGAAUAAAACGAUCAUUCGCUUUUGUUUUCUUUUGUUUUAAGUUGUACUUUACGUAGAGAGGGUCCUCUGAUUAGUCUCUCAAGUUAAGGCUGUUCAGGGAAAGCCUUGUUCAUUUGGUGGCAGCGGUUGGUUUAGAGUAGAAGAAAAUAAGAUCUCCUUAAUACCAGAAAUGAUUGGAAGUAUUGAUUUAGAUUCAGCAGAAAUCUAAAUUACAGUGCCCUGUGAUUCUUUGUAAGAAGGAAUGGGUAAGUCUUAACUUUCAGUGUACACCCAAACACUUGUAUUUAUGCUUUUGAUAAAAUGUAUUUUCAGCAUUAUCAUACAAUCCUGUUAUGCCUUAUUUAUAUGAAGAAUAGUUACCAAGUCAUGCUGUGAUGUCCUGAAACUCAAAUCAUUAUUUGAGAAACCCUCAAAUUGGUGCUUUCAUUAUAUAAUGAUACAUUUAGACAAAACCCCAAACCAAACAGUUUGAAACAAGAUUCUCUUCAUUGCAAUUUGUAGCAAUGUUAUUUCUGUAUAUGUAAUGAGAAGGCUAAAUAUCAGUGUUAACUCUUAAUUUCUUGUUCAAGUCCAUGAACUCAUGAUUGUAAAGCCCAGUCCAACAUUUGUAACAAACUCCCUAAAAAUAAAUCCAGAGAAAGUCA